ACGUUUGGUUACCAGGCAACCGAUGCGCGUGCAGGUUAUUUUUUACCUUCUCACAGAAAGUCCUCUUUUACUAGCGUCUAGUUAGGUUAAAAAAAAAAAAAAGUAGUUUUUGUAAUUAAUGGUGUCAAAUAAUCAAUCUUUGGCGUUUUUGUUAAGCUGGACAUGUCAGAUUCCUCCCUUUCUCCAGUAAUAAGCGCUGCUCUCUGGAGACUGGAGACCAUAGAUACAGCAGCAGAAGAGAGAUGACACAGUCAAUAAACACAACAACAAUGGAGAAUGAUGGUGAAUUAACGGAGGACGAGGUGUUUAAAUGCCUGUCCAUCCUGGGACAGUCAGCUACCGGACUCCAGCACACUUACCUGUGCCUCUCUGUGCCAGGGCGAGACUUGAAAAAUGUCUCCAUUUUAUGCAAUUACAUCUAUCUGCAAAAGCUAGAGCUUCCCUACAAUAAAAUCAAAGAUCUAUCCUGCGUGAGUCACAUGCCACACCUCAUCGUACUGGAUGCUUCCCACAACCAGCUCACCGAUUUCUUUGAAUUCCAGCCACCAAAAAAUCUCAAGGAGGUAAAUUUCUCACACAACCAGAUGUCAGUAAUGAAGGAUCUUUCUGCAUAUUCCUCUUUGACCAAACUGAUUCUUGACUAUAAUUCAUUUAGUGCCAUCAGGGGGCUGGAAAAGUGCAAAAGGCUCUCACACCUCAGCCUGACCCAUAACAACAUCUCCCGCAUUAGGGGUCUGGACCAUCUGCCUCUCAGAAAGCUCUACCUGACGGGGAAUGUGAUACAGAAGAUUGAGAAUCUCCAGACUCUACGCAACCUGCAGGUUCUGGAUUUGUCCUGUAACCGGAUUCAAAGCCUCUCGGGUCUCCAGAACCUUCAUCUCCUGGGGAACAUCAACCUUGAGAGCAAUCUGAUCAGUGAGGUAAAGGAAGCCGCACAUUUACAUGACCUAAUAUUGCUGAGAGAAAUGAAUCUCCUCAGAAACCCAGUGCAGGACCAGGAUGACUAUAGACUAGCUGUGAUAUUCCUCCUUCAGCACCUCAUAAUUCUGGAUCAACACACUGUAACUGCAGAGGAAAAGGUGUCUGCUGUGAACAAGUACGACCCUCCUCUGGAGGUGAUCGCAGCCAGAGAUCACAUGACCCACUUGGUAUACCAGCUCAUGCAACCUCAGGUUAUUUUUGACAGUACUCUCCCCAGUCUGGAUGCUCCCUACCCCAUGCUGGUCCUCACUGGCCCACAGGCCUGUGGGAAGAGGGAACUAGCCCAUAAGCUGUGCCAGGAAUUCAGCGACUAUUUCGCUUAUGGCGCCUGCCACACCACCAGGGGGCCCUAUUAUGGGGAAGAGGAUGGAUCCGACUAUCACUUUGUCACUGAGGAAGAAUUUCAGAACAUGAUUCAAAUGGGUCAGUUUGUCCAGACGAUGCAGUACGGAGGACAUUGGUAUGGCCUGUCGCGGGAAACUAUUGAGCGUGUGGCUCGCGAAGGUCUUGCCUGCUGUGUGCAUAUGGAACUAGAGGGAGUGUAUAGUUUGAAGAACUCUUAUUUUGAGCCCCGAUACAUCUUGCUGAUCCCCACUGUUGUUGACAAUUAUGUCUGCUUUCUGAAAGCAAGAGGAUUCUACAGCAAUGCUCAGAUGGAAACAGCCGUCUCUCGUAUUGAUUUGUACUCCAAAAUCAACAGAGAAUCACCUGGCUUCUUUGACAACAUCAUCCCUUGUGAUGAUCGUGCUGAGGCCUACCAGACUUUAAAACAGUUAGUGAAGGAGUACCUGGGUCUAGAGGAGCACGGUGGAGGAGGUGACAGCAGCUCAGUCACACCUGACAACACCUCCACGAACGCAACUGGCGAGUUACUGGCAGCCAACACGACAGAGGCCACUGACCUCAUGGACUCCUACAGCAGAAACUACCAGAACAAAAUCCAGGCCCAGAUGACCCCUCAGGAGACCCCUGCAGAAAUGGCUUCCAAUCACAGACGCCAGCAGCUGAUUCGAGAAGCUCUGAGCGGGAAGAGUCCUGGUGCUUAUGCCGAGCUGUUUCAGAGAAGUGCACCCACAGCUCCAUCAUCAUUAGCCUCUCAGUCCAGGCCCCCACCCGGCCCCUCUUCCUCCCAAAUGCGUCCUGUUGGCCUCAGCGCUCCUGACCCCGAUGAGGACAGCAGUUCUGAGGAAUCUCGUGCCAGUUCUGGCCUGUCCAUGAGGAGCUCAGCAGGGGCGCUCUCAGCGGCCCAGGGAUCAGACACUGGGUCAGGGCCCAACAUAGAGCCUUUGGAUAUGUCUAUGUUGGGGCAGGACCAGGACUCUCUUAGAGGUCACACGGACUCUGGUCUGACCCAUGAUGCUCCUCGUUCGGUCUCUGAGAGGGUCUCCCCAACACUCCCCUCCUCCCCGGGCCGUCCAGGUGCCAACGUUAAACCAGUCCUGCCGCCCAUCCCAUCUGGAAGGAAGACCAAUGAUUCUGGCUCAAAGCAGUAACUAACAGGACAGAGAGCUAGAGAGGGAUAGUGAGAUAUUAGCACAUCAUGUGAGGGUUAGCGGCAAAAAUAAGUUUUUGAAAUAAGUUUAAUUAACCCCUUUAGCUUCAAGCCAGCCAUUCAAUAAAUGACUAUGAAGGCAACAGCUGUGCUCAGUGCUGUGAGGCAAAAGCAUUCAGGUCAGGUCAUUGGAAAAUAUGGAGAUUCCCAUCCCUCGUCUGUGUCCUCCAGUGUGAGUGAUCUGAGAGGUUGAAGGCUUAUCCGUCAUCAGCAGAUCUAAGCUCUGGAAAUGGCCCGAAGCUCUUAAAUCCCUGGACACAGGAAGUGAGGCAAGAAGGUGUGCAAUGGAGGUCACACUUUACAUUGCAAUGUUCAUGUUACAGAAUAAUCACUUUGAGAUAAUGUUCAAAAGUUUGGGGUCAAAUUUUUUUUUACAAAAAUAAUAAUAGUAGUUAGAAAAAUCCAAAUCAGCAAAUUUCUGAAGGAUCAUGUGACACUGAAGACUGGAGUAAUGGCUACUGAAAAUUCAGCUUUGCCAGCACAGGAAUAAAUUACAGUUUAUUUGGUAUUUUAUUUGGUACUAUUUCAGUAUCGUUUUAGAUAUCUUACUCACCCUAAACUUUAGAAUUCAUUGCAAGUGACUUUGGAUAAACAUGUGAUUAUUACGGUGGCCCAGUAAUGCACAACACAACAGAAACUAGCCGCAACGGAAAAAAAAUAGCACAAAACAAUGGAAACAAGCUGCAACAAAAUUAGCCCAACACAACAGAAACAAGCUGCAACGCAACGAAAUUAGCACAACACAACGGAAACAAGCCAAAACGCAACAAAAUUAGCACAACACAGUGGAAACAAACCGCAACGCAACGAAAUUAGCACAACGGAAACUAGCCACAACAAAAUUAGCACUACACAGCGGAAACAAGCCGCAACACAACAGAAACAAGUCACAACACAACGAAAUUAGCACAACACAGUGGAAACAAACCGCAACACAACAGAAACAAGUCACAACACAACGAAAUUAGCACAACACAGUGGAAACAAACCGCAACACAACAGAAACAAGUCACAACACAACGAAAUUAGCACAACACAGUGGAAACAAACCGCAACACAACAGAAACAAGUCACAACACAACGAAAUUAGCACAACACAGCGGAAACAAACCGCAACACAACAGAAACAAGUCACAACACAACGAAAUUAGCACAACACAGCGGAAACAAACCGCAACACAA